CGAGUGGAGUGUGUUGCAAUCGGAAGGGGCGACGCGCGGAAGCGGCACUCGCCCCAAAGGAUGCUGCUGGAUGCUCGGGUGCAUUGUGGGAAAGCCGAUGCAGACGCUCAUCUGCGCACGAUGGCGGUCGCCCAGUCGAUAAAGGGGCUCUCUUUUGUAUGUUCACGUUAGAAAUGGAUCUUUAGCGAAGCUGCUCGCCGUCGGAACCUGCAGACAUGAAACACUGGAAAGACCUGGUGUGGAUAUUCUGUGCCGUGCGGUGCCUGUGGGCAGCCAGUGUCGAAGUGGUGCUCGACCCCGGAGAUGCGACGGGGGCUUUCUUCUUGAGCUCGCCAGAUGAGCCAGGGGGCGUGGAGGCAUCGUCAGCCGAGCCCUCGCGACGCUUCGCGCUCACCUUCUCCAGCCGCAUCACGGUAGUGGCACAGUUUGGGCCGUUUUCGGUGCGUCAGACUGUGUACGCUGCCAGCCCGCUCGCUUCGGUGGGGAAUCAGAGCAGCAACUCAGAUGGGCCCGAGCCCAUGGGCGACGUGACGGCCCACCUGGUGACGCCAGCGCCUCGCAGGGACCAGCCGACGUUACGCAUCCUGUUCCACACUGGCUCGGAGGUGGGUGGGCCGUCGGUGUGCGUGGCCCUGUAUGCCCAACUGGGCUCCGAGCAGCUGGUCAGCGUGUGCCAGCCCAAUCGGGAUGGGGCCUGCCUGGCCGAGCUCACCCUACCGGCCGCAUGGUGGCCCCCCCUGUGGGCCACUGCCCAUAAGGCGCACCGGCCCACCAUCGCCCUCCGGUAUGCACUGGUGCGGAGCAGCGUCUCCCAGGAGUGUCAGGGUCAGUCACUGCGACUGUCGGCAGCGUCGGUGCCGGGAAGUGGUGCAGGCCUCUCCUUGGGGCGGCUCCCACUCUCCGUGGCACAUGGCAGCUACGAGGAGCUGAGCGGUGGUGACGGCGUGGUGUGUCUGCUGGUGCCCCAGGGUCCGGUCUAUCCGCGGUCCAAGGUUUACGUGCCCCUGCUUGUGCGCCCCAAUCCUGCCUAUCCACUUCACUCGUUCAUAAUAAGGGCCAAGGUCAAGCCUGGGCUGAGGAUUCUGCAGGUGCAGCCUACGGCUAAGCAGUCAUGGAACGUUGCAGUUGACACAAACUCCAAGCAGACGUCUGCGACUGUGACCGUCACUCGCCUCAGCGAGGAUACUGCACUGCCAGAAAGUGGGGAAGAGGUGCUCAACUGGCUCUUCGAAGUGGAGGAAGGCCUGGGCCAUGAAGAUGGAGGUCAGGUGACCUGGCACCUGCGCUACCUAGACCUCCCCGGCCUGGACAGUGCCGCCACUGUGAGCAGCACUACUAGUGUCAGUGAGAUUGACGACAGCAUCAAGCUCACCUCCCGGCUGGACAUUCACAAGGAUGACGUCCAGGCCGUGCUCCUUGUCGCAAAGUCAAACCAGCUGCUAAAUACAGCAGUGCUGACCGGCAAGCAGGUGUCGCAGCCCAUGAAGGUGUUUGUGGUGAGUCAGUCUGGUCUCCUGGGAGACGUCACCCUGCAGUCCUCCUGCCACUCGGCCGACGAGUCUGUUCUUAAGGUCUCACCGUCAUGCACGUCGGUGUACCUGGACGGCUCAGAAGUGCGGGGCUCGCAGAAUGCAACUGUGCUAGUCAAGUACGGAACAUACACGGGCCAGGCUGCCUUUCUGGUGUGGAUGCCCGAGCUUCCCCUGGACCUGCGGCUCUCGGACACCAAGCUAAGCCAGAUUCGAGCCUGGCGCACCCCGCAUAGGCACAAGAGGUGUCGGAACCCGCUCCUCCAAGGGACCGUGGACUGCCGUAACAAUUGGUUGCGCAACAAGCGACGCAUCCUUGAGAAGUGGGAUGAUGGCGACGGGUCGACAUCGGGCGGUUCCCCGGGGUCCUGUCGCCUGCGGUUUCAGCAGGCACAAGUGGAGGUGCUCACACGCUUCCAGAGCGUAGACCACAACUCCGGCAGGGAGGCCUACCUGCUUGGGCGGCGGACCCAGGUGGCUGUCACCAGGCUCGUGGCACCCUUCCUCCGGGUGGCCGAUGCGCACCUUGCCAUGCUGAGGGGCACGACCGUCCGGGGGCUGCGUGCAGGGCGCACCGAGGUCCAGGUGCUGUCACCCAUCACGGGCAAGGUUCUGGGUGCGAGUGAGCUUAGGGUGAGCACGGACAAGGAAAGCCUAGUGCGCCUCGAGGUGCAGCUCGUCACAGGCCUCUCGCUCGAGGUGCUUCCCGACGACGCUGCUGCGGGGGUCUUCGUAGCCAAGACGUCCACCAGCCAGGCACUCACCUCACUUUACCAGGAAGGCUUGCUGGAUGUGACUCUGAGGUUCUCGGACGGCACAUGGACUCCACUGACAGACGUGCCAGAGUCUGACUUCAGCCUCGUCACGGAGAGCCUGGAUCCGGGGGUGGUUGCUCUGGCACCUGUGGCGCCCUCUUCGGGUGGUCUGACGGCACGACCACGUAUCGUGGCCAUUGGCCAAGGACAGGGAAGCUUACUGCAGCUGAGCCUGGAACCGGGCGAAGCUUGUCAGCGGCGGCGCCGAGGUGCCCCUUUGGCCUGGGCACGUGCCAGGGUCAGUGCCCGGUUCAGCUCUGCCGGUGCCGGUGGAAGUCUGGAUGCAGUGCCAUACCAGGAUGGUGCACGACACCUGGAGCCGUCGGUGCAGGCACACCUGAACCGGGCUGCUCUCUCAGCGGACGGAUCACGUUCGCUCAUGGCCUCACCGCUGGAGCUUGGCCUGUAUGCCCUUCUCGGUGUGCUGGGACUGGCUGCUGCUGUCAUGGUCACGGGCUGCACGGUGCUUGCAGUGAAGUACCAAAAGCAUGCAGACGUGAACAGCACCACCGUCUCUGUGCAACCUGCUGCUGCUGCGGCUGCACCCCCCUCGCACCCUCGCCGCCCAGUGUCAAGUGCCCAUGACUGGGUCUGGCUGGGGCGGGCCACGCUCGAACGCAGCUCCGUCAACACGCGCUGCUCCCAAGCGCUGGUGGCCCCCGAGGACCACUCCAAGAGCCCUCCCACCUCCCUGCCUUAUCCCGCCACCACAGGCCGCAUCACCACCGUCGACAACAACCCGCUGCAGAGCACUGGCGAUGGCAAUGCUGGUAUCAAGAAGGCUGGACCCCAGCCCCGUAUUCGCACCAACCCCAUGCUUACGUUCACCCGACCGCCCCCGGUUCCUCCGCACCGAACCACGUCACGCAACAGUCCUGCCACCGACUCGCUGCAGAACGUGCCACUUCUUGGUCACGGUAAUGGCAACAGCCACCACCAGAGGGCAUUGUCUCCACACGUUCGAAUUCAGUCACCCGGCUCAAAGUUGGCUUCUUCGGGAUCGAAAACUACUUCACCCGACUCCAAAACAACAUCUCCGGGAUCUCGGACAUCGCCAGACACAAAAUCCACGUCACCGGGUGCAUCCAAGACAACCUCACCCGAAUCCAAAUCUACGUCUCCCAGCAACAGGAGUGCUCUGCCACCCAUCUGCAAGGUUGUGAAGGCACGGGCCAAUGGAAAGGCAGUAGCAGGGAGCACCUUGGAGUGGGAGGACGUCACCAAGGGCAUGAACUAUGACCAGCUGGUUGAAUACUUUGACUCGCUGAAGGAGUCGAGCGCCUAGAAGGCAGCGGCGGAAGUCUUAGUUGCCAUUUGAGUGUGAUGCGCACCAGCUGUAUUUGAUGCACAACCUUGCAAAAGCUGGCAAAGGUUGCCUCAAGGCAGUGCCCGCGUGAACUCUGAGCAGUGACUUACUUCUGCGUGCUUUGGAGACGGGUUGGUGUCCUUCUGUUCGCCGCCACGCCGCCACCAGCCUGUUGCAUGGAGCUACAAUCAACCAUCCUUUGCCUCCCGUAUGGUUCCUUUUCUGGCCGACUGUCAGUGCUUCUUAUGCAGCCUGCUUGCAGCAGCAGGCUCACUAGUUUCUCAGAUGUGGGGGAAGCUCUUGCAGGGCCUUUUUCGGUGGACUUGUCUGACGAGCACCUUUGUGACAGCUGCCUUGUUUGUGCCUGAGGGAAGGGAGGUGGGUCGCUGUGCGACAGGGUGUUGUCAGCUUCCCAUUCUGAGCACAUGCGGUCACAAAUGGGUGAGUGAAGCCUGCAGUGCCCUUUGCAUCGUCUUGCUCCUCGGUUCUGUGAGAUGUUUACUUUUACGUGCCCCAUUACAUUGGUUUGCGCGAGAUCGUUUUGCGGUACUAUAUGCUGCCUGUACGUUAUGCUUGCUGUGUUUGAAAGUACUGCUGUUUUGCGGUGCCACUGUGUUAAAGGCGUUGUGACACUAAUUAUCGCAGCAGUGUGAGCCCCGCACUAUUGUUCAAAGUGAUUUUUUUCGCUGGUGGCCCUUUUUUUUUUAUUCAUUCAUGUUGCUGUGUACUGACUAUUGCCCCUGUUAUAAGAGCAGCAGUAUACAAUGAUUGAAGCAUAUACAAAUGUAGUCAAUUGCGGGAAAUGUCGAAGUUUUGACGCGUGGGGAACUAUGGAAUGCUGGGCAGCAUCUUUGUUGUGACCAUAUCCGACAGCUGUGGCAUGUUAUGCUUGACAGUUUUUAUCAUGGUUUAAAAGCAUGUUAUUAUGCCAAAAAAAUAUGGAACUGACUAUUGUUGUCAUGCUUUUCAAACAAAUACUAAAGCGCAGACUUCGUGUACGCUUGCUGGUUGUGUGCCAGCUUGUGUCUACAUGCCUACAUCCAGGCGUCAGAUAUGGGUGCAUGUGCUGGCUCACAUCGCCACACACCUAGAGAUAGAGACCAAUCAGAAGAGUUGGCUGUCUAAUCACCGCCGCACUAAGGCGAAUGGGACAGCUGUGACGUGGUGCAGACCAGCUUACACCUUCUUUAGCUGAAAUUAUGUAAUGUGAGGAAGCGCUUUUCUAUUCUUUAUGCUAAUUUUGAAACUAAAAAAAAAAAGAAAACGAAUGUGUUUGGCAGGAUUGAAGCAUUUCGAAUCUCUGUCAUUUAAGCUCUAUUCGAAACAAAUUCCACCAUGGCGUCAAGCCAGGAGCGAGUGUGCAUCUUUUGUAGGUGCUAACCGCCAUUCCUCAUGAGCUGUCGCUGCUGCAUGUGCUCGUAGACGUGAGCUGGCACGUGCUGGAAAUCGUACAUGCCAUUAAGGCAAUAGUCGGUAUGCUUUCGUUGAGCAGAUUUUUAUCCAAACACAACGCUGCAACUGGGAAGAAUGCGUUGCUGCUCAUUCCAAUUGUCAUGUGUGGGCUUGCAAGAGGUUUCGUCUUUGGGCAAUGUUCUUUUAGCCAUGCCUGUACGCUUGGACGUUAACAUUUUUGUUUGUUUUAGGGUAUUUUGAAGGCCAGUGCAUCUCAUAUUAUGUGCCAUAUGUUAGUUUUAUAGUUGUCUAUAGUGUAUACUAGAUUAUUUGCACCGUUUUUAAAUAUUUCACACUUAUUUACAUCUGCGCACCAAAGAUCUCAGGAAGACAUCUGCAUUUGCACUUCCCACUGAGGCGUAAGCUGACAAAGAACAUUGGGAAGUCCUUGGCAUUGGGACAGGGCGGAAAGGGGGAGGAGUUUGAAAGGGUGGGGGUUCUGGGAGCAGUCACCUUCUCUCCAGUGGGGGCAAGGGGGGCCAACAGCACUCCCUAGGCUUCUGGGGCACAAGUUUGCCCUACAGUUUUCGAUAUCCCAUAGAACUGCGAAACAUAACUUGGAAGAGUUUCAUAUGCAUUGGUGAACUUAACGGCGUCAAAUUGCGAGCACAAAGUGUGCCUUGAAUCGGGUUGAGCAGGUAGUGUACAGCUGCUGUUUUGGGAGGCUAGGCAGUUUUACAGAUAGGUGGCAUGAAAUGAACAUUAACCCUGCUAAGCCAGAACACCAUUCUACAUGAAGGAAAAAUUAAAAUAGCUUGUUCACCUUUAUAUCAGGCGAUGGAGAUUACAUUUGUCCCCCAAAAGCAAGUGUCAUUUUGGUUAACAACUAAUUGGUGUUGUAAAUAGUUAAUAAUUGGUUUUCUGAACUACCCACAACCAAAGCUCCACUCCAAUAUAUCAAAAAUGCUACCAUGGGCUUUGCAUUAAGUUUCUCAUGCUUAAAUCAGAGCUUUAAGGUAUUUAACUUAGCAUCAAAACAUGAUACUUUGCACUUUCUCUGGUUAAAUGCUUAAGAACAUGCCAAAGGGGGCUCACUGUGGAAAUAUUUGGCAUCCGCUGACGUGAGACCCUUCGUGUGCCUGCAAUCAGCAGGUAUACUCAUGAACAACUUUCUGGGGCAAUGAAGGAAAACCUACGGAGGCAAAGCGUGCACAAGUAAGGGUGCUCCUAAAAAAUGUCCUACAUGUUCAUCUGCAUUAGCUUAAGCUAGGGAAGAGAAAACAUAAAAUGUCUUAUUUACAACAGCGAAAUAAGACAGCACUGACCGUUAUAUUGUACUUACUUUUCCGGCUUUUUUUCUUCCGCGUCGGGUGAAAUACGAAAUCGUCACAUGUGGAAGCUACCCUAACUCGGUAUCUGUUCGAAGAAACCAAGAGCGCUAUCGAACGCUGCCGGAAUAGUACAUGGUGUAGUGACGCAAGUGCAGGAGCUCCAUCCCUGUGGCUUUUCUCUUCAUUGCCACAGAAAGGUGUCCACAAGUGUAGUUAUCUUGGAAAUCUAGGGGUGACUGCCACACCACCUCCCCCUACCUUCACCCCACUUCCCCAACUCCGUCCAAUGCCGCUGUAGCAGCUGCUUCAUCGUUGUUUUGCACAUUUUGCAGAUCACCGUUGCAGCUUUGUAGUCAUUACAGUUUGAGAAGUCUUGAGGACAUUGCAUCUCAAGUUGUGCAAUUUUUUAUGGGGCUGCCCUACUUUCGUGAGUGGCAUUUUUUUUUUUAACCAUACGAUUGCAUCUGUACUUUCCGCCAUCUUUUGAGAGGACUUUUUUGUUUACGGACCAAGGUUGUACUUUGAGAAUUCCAAGAAGAACUUUCUUGCCGCGUACAUGUCACUUUCACCAGGCGGCUGCAUCCCGAAAUGUUCAGUAUUUGAAAUAAGCCUGAACCAGAUUGUACAAUACAGAUAUAUAUUGCCGCUUGCGGUGCUUUUCGAACUGUAUAUACAAUGUACCGAGUCAAGCCUCUUGGUUUUGCUCCGCUGGUUCCUCUGUCAGACAAUGUCUGAGCUGCUGCUUUUGUAACUGAACAUAGCGUGUAAUGGUUGCAGAAAUCUCAUUCAUAAAACACGGUUUGCCAUUGCAAGUAAGCAAAAAACACAUUGUUGCUCCGCUUUUGCGCAUGCUCUAGCAUGACUGCCAAGGCAGUAGCAUGCAUGCAUGCUCUUGGUGUUUGCAUGUUCAGCAGCAGUUUUGGCUUGAGUAUUAUUCGGGACGCAGCACCGUAUGAUCCCUCAUACCAAGGGAAGGCAGUUAUUACAUCACACCUUAUCCAAGGGAUCUUUUGAUUGCCUGUACAAUAGUGAGAUAUUUGCUCUUUGAGUCUGUAACUGUUCUCGGGAACCAUUGACGUGGGCUGCAGCAGUGACCAAGUAACACGAGCUCAAGAUUCCGAUAUGGAAAAGUUGUCGACACCGAUAAAGCUACCCGUGACUUCAGCAUUGUUCAGUUUGUCACUUCGCUAGAUGAAACUGUUAUUUUUUAUUCUCCUUGGUCAGUAUAAAAACCUUACGUUAGCAUCAGGCACUCGCUGCAUUGUACUGCCAUUUUUGCAAUGUACACGAACCACUGAACAAAUAUUUUUUGAUACAGUACUUUCGUUUUGACUCUGGCCUCGCAUAUCUGACACCCUCUUAGUUUAUGUGAGCAGUAUACUUGAAAGGCAAUGAGCUCCAGAGAUAGAUGCAGUUACCACAUUGGGAACUACAGAUUUGAGACAUGCGAUAUAUUCCAAAGGAAUGCCUGUGUCAUAGUAUCUCACUAAGUGUAAAUAAAACCAUCUAAGGCAGAUUGAAGUCGGAAGAAAAGCUGUUACUGUUUGUGAGAAGGCUUUACUUAUUAUGCAGGGUCGAGAAGUCCUUUGAGUUCCUUCAUUUUUAAAGGUUGCAAAAACUUUUCAUUAUUUCUGUGUCCAGCUUCGCGAGGAUGAUUGAGUUAAGUCGAUCCUUGAGUUUUCUGAAAGACUAAGUACAAAGAAUGGUAACUCAGCCACAUGAUGCCGCUGACAGACACGGGCCAGCACGUGACAGUGUAGGGCCGCUGUUUCAUUAUAACUUACUGGGAAUGUGCAUGUAUAUUUGUUUUUUCGUUUCUUACAUACAUGUUACAGGCUGCUCAGCAAAACUAACAACAUGGUGAGCACCUAGUUUUUUCCAAAAGUUUUCUUGCUGUAAUGUUGCACCUUUUCAUCCGCUCACUUGAAAUUUGCUCAGUCAUUUCAUUGUAAGUGGUUUGUCUAAUUAGAUUUUACAUUAUUUGUAGAUAACAAUGCUGAAUGGUGGCGCAUAUCACAGAUGAUGUCCUUGAAUCUAUUUAUUGACUCUUGUUUACCUUUCCAUAGAGGCUUCAGGCUCUUUUCUCUUAUAUCAUUUCAGGAUAGGACACAUAGCUGCAAAAACAGUGUUCAUGUUGUACGAGUUCUAUAUCUCAUCUACUUUGUGAGAAAGCAGCAGCUGCUAGAUUUGCUUAGUGGACCUCCAGUUCAAAUAGUUGCACAACACGUGUGCUUUUUUUUUUUUUUACAUUUCUACAUUUGUUUGACAUGAUAAACAUCCCUAAAGAGCAUGUUAUACUGUAGCUUGCCUGCUAUUUCUUGCUUGCUUAGCAAAAGCACAAAACCAAUAGGUCUGUUGUAUCAUUCAUUGUUUGGCUGUGAAGGCAAAUUCUUGAGUAUCACUCAUCAUUAUUUAGCAGAGACAUAAAUUUCUCAUAACUUAUUAACAUCAUAUUUGGCUGUAGUCAGGUUCUGUAUAGGUUGGCAUGGCUGUCACAGGAGUUGUUUAUUAAGGAGCAAUGUCUUUUUAUCGGAGGGAUGUCUGGGAUAAUAUUAUAGGUGCACCUACACGUUUACUUAAAUAUUAUGUAGUGUGCAAGAUGCUAAAAUUUUAUUUAGCAUUCGUUCAUGGUUUCCUUUUGCAGUGUUGUUAUCACUUUUGCACAUGAUAAAGCACCCAUUUUUGCAUGGUGCAUAUUCUCACUGGCAGUGUUCAUGUCCUCAUCAAGCAAACAUGAAGUGUCACAUACAUCCUUCCAGUUUGUUCACUGGUUUGUCAGCCUAAUGAGGCCAAAUACUGUAAAUCUUUGUUAUGAAGGUGGUUUCUCUUUAAUUGGGUCACGGUGAACAUUGCUAACUACAAGAGAUAAUUAUCAAGAUUCCGAGGGUCUGUCCGAGGUGGUUCUCAUUUCCAUUUGUUUUAUUUGCAUAAGGCAGAUAGAGCUGCAGCUAUCCCACAUCUGAAGUACGGAAGCUCAUUAGACCCUAAUUCUCAGGGAAGCUAAGGACAUCAUGAGUGAUGGACAGGAAAAUUAUAUUUCUACUGGAAUAUAAUUUUCAAACUAGAACAGAUAGCCUUUCUGAUGGCAGUGUGGACUUAUAUAAACAGUGUUUUUUUUUUUCUGGAUAAACCAUACAAGCUAUUAGUGUAUUCUUGAAUAAUGUGGACCAAAAAAUUCAACCAUGUUGCUAAAUUUAAAUAUCAAAUUAGUGGCAAAUGCAAUAUCUCCUUUUGAAAUUGUUAGAAUAAAUACGCAGUUCACUAUAUGUAUACAAGUGGGGAACAGAGAACAGGGGUGACUCGAAGCCUCUUUUGAAGAUGAGGCAGGAAGCAGCUACCCUGGGCAUUUACUGUAAAAGCAUGACGGAUGGGUGUUCAAGCAACAUUGAGAUAUUGUAAUGACAUGGAAAAUGUUAAGCGCUAUUUUUUGCGUAAAACAAGAGUUUAGUGGUGUGAAACACAAUCUUGCGAGUUUUGCAAGACUCCUGAAAAUGUACAGGAUGUUGGCUAGCUUGUGAGAACCACUCAAGCUUUUUUUUUUUUUUUUUGCUACGGGGAGUUGUGGGGUUGGGCAUUUAAACAAUGCUAACCCAUUGUCACUGAUAAGCAUCUAACCAAACCUAACAAAAUUCAACUGCAUAGCCUUUUUUUACUGGUGCACCUUUCCUAUUCCACUCUACAUUUAAUGAAAUUGUGCAUUCAAGGAAGUCUCCUCGUUACAAAAACUUCAACAUAACAGUUUAUUGCAAGGUAAGGGGAAAAAAAUUAUUUGUGGUGUUGCUCGGCUGUUUUACUAAGCCAAGUGGAUUGGUAACUCAUUGUAAACCACAAGCUGACAUUUUCAGAAUGCACCAUUUUUAAAAAAAUGUCACUGAUAUUCUUUCUUUCUUCAUGCUCUUCAACUGCCCGAAUGAAUGUUGUCCAUAUUUUAUUUAACUAAGCAGUCUGUGUUGUUUGCUUGGUUAAGUACAUAAUUAGAGGCACUUCUCACACAAAGAUAGACCAACACUGCUAUCUUUGUCAUUGCUUAACAUGUCCAUUUCCUUAGGGCUCAAAGUGUGCCAUACUAAUUAAAGGGCACUGAUUGUCUUAUGGCAGUGCAGGUUUAAUAUCUGCUGGUGAACCAGUGAAAGUCAUUUCUUUUUCAUGCUUAAAGAAAAUGUGCAUUUACUCAGUUACAUUGAAUAUUGUAACUAAACUGAAUUUCCUUUCAUGUAAAUGACAAAGUGUUAAUUGAAGAACACUGAGUGUGUUUCAUAGGUUUCCGUACACUUUUUGCCAAGUUUAGAGCCUGUGAAACUGGGCACGUAGCAGGUUAUCGAGAACAUGUUUUAUAUGAUGGCAGGUGAUGCAAGAUGGAAAUUGAGCAGGCUUAAUUGGGAAAGGACGCAGGGCCACAGGCAAUGCUUUGUAUGGAAACACAAUACUUGAAAUGCAUUGCUUAGCUCUCUCACUCGGAGCACACAGUAACUCGAUCUUGUUCUUUUAUAUGGGCAGUGUGAUUGUUCUGUGCCUGUAAAUGUUACCUCAAACUCUCUGAUAGCAGCAAGUGUUUGCCUAGAAAGUGAGAAUGACAAGUGGCUUUUGUCAUGUUUUGCAUGUCAUUAUCUGUGCAGUGGAUGUGCUGGACAGUGUGCACUGGCUUAUGUGCCACAGUUGUAAAUGCCUUUGAUGCUUGCGUUGUGUUCGGAAUGUGACUGAGUAGCAGUUGUACUGGUGUCACACGGACACUUCAAACUGAUAGUCUUUCGACUCAACGGCAAAUUGGGUGCUGCUACACGGGCAGAUUUGACGGUCAUCGAGUCACGAGUCCAUUUUAUUGACAGAGUUUCAUAGAACUCUUUUGAAAUCUCGAAGGACAUCGAGUGGCAGCCGUGCGCCCUCUCGUAGCAGUGUUUUCGAACCAACACGAAAAAGAAAUGUCUACCGCCAAAAUGUACUCUAAAGAGCUGUCAGCAACAAUUAUCAGCAUCGAGUUUAAAAUAGUUUAUAUAUGAGCCACUGGUGCUGUACAUUAUCAAUAGUUUUUUUUUCUUGUUAUUUGUGUGGCUUUGGUAUGGUAAUCAUUGUGGCACUUGUUUGAAACGUGAAACAAGUGAAGCACUCAAUGACCGUUAAAAAAACUGCCACGCAGCAACCCAACUCCUUAGAGUUCAACAGAGUUGGGCAGUUUCAAAGGCCCUCGACUCAAGGGCCUUUGAAACGUGCCCGUGUGACUCGAGUAUUACUCGUGACAACAAGAUGCACCGUGCAUUGUAACCAUACAUGCCUAUACAUCGCUACACCUACACAAAUGACAGACACACGCACUGUAUUUCUUCAUAUGGCUGCUGUUUUCAGUGAUGUCCGCUUGAACAUUCGUGCAUGCAAUCCGCACCUAAACCUGCAGAUGUGGAUAACUUUGCAGGCAGCCUUGAAGGAAAGGAAAAAUGUUUCAAAUUUAUCCUUUUACUUUUUUACUUUCAACAUUCUUCAUCUACACAAAUGCUCCUCUGCAUGAAGUCUUUCCCAUUUCAGCCACAUUUCAUACGCCAGCACUUGUGCGCUGCAUCUAACGCGGUUGCCUUCCUCGCCCUCUUCCACCCCCUUCUUCCGGUUUCAGUCAAAUGGUGACAUUAAUUUAUUUUACGUGUUUGUACAGUCUUUGCAUAAUACAAAAAAUGUGUACAUAUAUAUGCACUACUUACAAGUAUUGUUUGUGUGACUAUGCCGAUGGUACACGUACACUAUACUUGACAGCUGCGGCAGCAAGCAACUGCAUGCAGUGCAUAUAGACGACGACCUUGAUGCUGUAUAGGUAGGAAGAGCUCUCGUGUAGGCACCUCUAGUCACGAGGGGGAAACUUUAAUGUCCUUAGUGUUUCUUUUGUACUUGUUUUGAGCAAGCCAAUAAACGUGAAACCCCUUGA